AUGAGGGGUAAUCAGGAAAAUUCUAAGCAAUCAUAUGAUAGCAGCUACUCUUAAUCAUAUCAGAGCAGAUAUGAACGUAGAUAGCUAGAACUAGCUAGAAAAGAAAUCGAUAAGAGAGCCUCAAGAAGAGAGCAAAAUCAAAUACAAAAUUCAGCUACAUAUGAGAUAUCUCCCUUCAAUAGUUUCUUUAUCAGGCAUGCUAAGUCGAUUUGCUAUUGCACUCUAGAGAUGUUUCACAACACAUUCUUCCAUUUUAUAGAGACUAUCAAAGUCAGAGGUAUGGCUAGAAACCUUAGAGAGGAUGUGUCAUUUUACUUCCAAAACAAAGUGUAAACUAAGCCUUUGAUCUCUGGUGUUAUCAGUGGGUUUAUGGGAGCAGCUGCUGGUAGUUUUACCUUUAUAUCUACUUUUAACUUGCUCACUUUCUAUUUCUACUCUAAUAGACAGUAUGCUGAUCUAGACUUCAGGCUGAAAAACAUGCUUAUAUAUAUUGGAAGUGAUUUCACAGCUUCUUUUGCAAGAGUAUUGUUUGAAGUUAGAAAGCAAUUAGUCCAGAUGUGCAUAUAUGAUUCUACAGUCAAAGAUAUGCUAAGAUAUUCAUACAUAGGUUGGUUUCCAUUAAUGAUGAGAGAUGUGACAUUUAGAGCUAUGCUAUUAGGGUUCUACUAUGGCACUACCAAUUUAGAGCACAGGCCCCUACUCAAGUACACCUUCCCCUAGAUUGUUGAUAUUAUGAAAAAUAGAAGAGCUUAAGGCUAUGAUGAGAGUAUAGAUGAGAUAAGUUAUUUAUUCUACGAUUUUCAUAAUUAAGAUGUAAAGACGAGAAUUCACAUUAGGUAUCUGUUGCUUGUCGCAGCAAAUGCAAUGGCAACAUUAGUCACUAAUCCAAUUGAUGUGUGCUUAUCAAAGAUGGUUACUUAGCAGUAUCCCAAAUAUUCAGGAUUAUUUAAUUGUAUGAAGACAGUUUAUAAAGAAGAAGGCGCUUCUAAAUUCCUAAGCGGGAUCCAUCCAAGGUUUAUGUUCAAUCUAUUUAACGGAGCAUUAUUUCUAUUUGUGUAUGAUAGAUUCAUUGAAAAUGUUAAACAGAUCUAUGAUUGA